GAGUGGUCUGAUUGUGUUUGUUGAUGUCUAACUCUGCUUGAGGUGCAGUACGAUUUUUGGUUUUCAACAGGGAAAGACUGACUGCAGCUCCUGAAUUUCUGUGCCUAAAAAAUUGUGGAGGUCUCGAAAUUUGGAAUUUUUAACACUGGCUUGUUAUCCAAAAGGUAUUUUGUAUUCCACCCUUGAACCUCUGGACUGACCAAAAUCUUAUCACAACCAGUUGGGAGCUACCUUAAUUAAUGAAAGCUUUGGCCGGUAGUCACUUUCUGGAACUAUGAUUUGAAUUGAAUGUAAUUUUUAUGUAAUUUGAUAUAAGUCUGUUCUUAGUUUUGUGCUCCAGCAUUUUCAUUUCCUAUCACUCGCAUAUUCAGUAUUUAGGCUAAUUUGUGAACUGAUAAAAAAAAAAAUGGUAUCUUGGGAAUCCGUUUUUGAUCUGGAAUUCUGAACUCCUUAGAUAGAGCUACGAUCCAAGAAGGUGGCCAUUCAGCCCUUUGUACUUUUCCAAUGGCACAGUCAGACUUAUGGCCAAACCCGGACCUAUCAAACUCCACUGUAGUCCACAGCCCAGUCACUUUUUGUUCAGAUGCAAAUAACCAGAGAGGAAAAAAUGAUGGGGACAGAGAAGAGGAAGAUGAAGAGGUCGAACUUGCUGAAGAGGUGGGGGAGGACAUUUUGUUAAUGGCUGAGGCAGGACAUGGACGAGCUGAAAAAGAAAGCGCAGAUCAAGGUGAACAGGAAGAAAUGGGAAUCCUAGCAAUGGCCCUGGUACCAAAUGAAAUGGCAAGGGAGGAAAAGGAAGGUCAGGGAAGACUGUGGGAGAUUGGAGUGGAAGGAACAUAUGAACAGCCCGACUUAAGGGACAAGCAGACUAAGAAAGAGAGCGGAGUCAAAGAAGUGGGAAUCCCAACAUUGACUGGAAAUCUGUGCCACUACUCAGCAGCAGAGCAACUUGAAAAUGACAACGACAAGGAGGAAGGUAAUGAAAAAGAAAAAAACGAUCAGCAUUUGAAAAUAGUAGAGAGUACAGAACUAAUAGUUGAAGAUGUAGAAGAAGCCCAGAUAGCCAUUGUCAAUUAUGUCAAGACCAAUGAGAACAUUUUAGAUUUGGGAAGCAAAAAUGAGCAUGUAGAUGUAGAGGAAAAAGCAACAGAGGGGAUUAUCCAAGAAGAACAACACUCAAAUGAAACAGAGAUGGUGACUGCUGAAAACCAGAAUUACUUUUCAACUGUUGUACAAGUUGAGAAUAGCAAUUGUUUUGAAAGUGGAGACGGGAAAAAAAAGGCUGAAGUGAGUGAGACAGAGUCUGAGAAAGAGAGUAAAAUCCGGCAUGAGGAGCAUUUAGUUAGAACUCAGAACUUGUGUCACAAUACAAGAAUGAUAGCAGAUGAAAAUGGGCGACACAAAGAAAAUGAAGAGCACAGAAAACGAGAGGAACCAAUAGGGAGCAAGGGGAACAUACAGAAAGAGGAAAGUUCUUGUGAAACAAAUGUGGAGACAGACAUUCUGGUUCAUCUCUCAGCAAUGGUCAAAGAUGGAAAUGGUAUACAUGAAAAUGAAGAGCACAGAGAGCAAGAGGAACCGAUUGGGACUGAGGGGAAUUUACAGGGAGAGCAAAGCUCACGUGACAUAAAAAUGUCAAAUGAAGGUCUAGAAACUCCUUACACAACACUGGAAGAUGAUGAAAAUAAAAAUGCUGCAAGUAAAGAACAAAACAUCCAUGAGAUUGUGAAAAUGAGAGCAGACUGGGAGAUGGAGAAAGAAGAACACCUGAUAACAUUGACCAGAAAGGAAGGUGAUCACAGUGUUCAAGCCUCCGUUACAAAUUCACAGGAUUUCCAUGAAAAUGCAAAGACAAUAGAUGAGGCUGCUCACAGUGAACAAGCCUCAGCUACAAAUUCACAGGAUUCCCAUGAAGGUAAUGUGACAAUGGACGAGGCUGCUCAUAGUGCUCAUGUCUCGGCUACAAUUUCCCAAAAAUGCCAACAAGGUGCAUUGACCGCUGACGAAGAUGAUGACAAAUGCAGAGGCUUCUCAUGGGAUUCAAACCUCAGAUACUUAUUCACAGAAGUCUGAUGAAGGUUGGCAGAUGAAAGGUGCAGAGACACCCACCCAUUUAGAGGACCAUGUGAAAGAUGUCAGCAUUGAGUCAGCUAUGCAGGUCAAAGGUGAAAAUCUUUAUCAGGCUUCACAUGCAAGUGUUGUUGAGACUAUCCAGUUGCCCGACAUGGUGAAACAUAAUGAAACUUACCCAAGUGACAACAUGAACAGCUCGUGGGAAGAAGAAUCGACCAACAACAUCUUACAACAGGAGGUCCUGAAUAUGGAGAUGCAGGUGAUGGCCAAGGUCACAAUAUCUGCUACAGACAAAGAAACCGAACCAGGUCUUGAAAUUAAAGAGCCACCAGAUAUUGCAUUGGUAGCUUCCUUAGUGCAACAAGAAGAUGGCAUUAGUAUUGAACCAAAUGGGAUAUCUGAAUUAAAGGAGCAAGAAGAAAAUGUUUCCUUCAUUGAAAUGGAUGGAGGUGGCCAAACCCCAGAGGAGAAAGAAGAGCUGAAUAAAGACAUUGAGCUUGACCACCGGGUUGAGGAUAUACAUUUAAGCACCCAACAAGAUGAUACAGAGCAGAACAUGAAUUCACAGAAAGAGGUGAAACUGCUAAUGGAGGAGCUCAUGUGCGAGGAAUCCAGAGUUGAUGGGCACGGACAUGUACAAGAUCAACCUCUGCAGCCUCUCAGCAAACGACACAGAGAAAGUGAUGAUGUGAGGGAUGUGCUAAAUCAAGAAGAGAUUGCAGAAACUGUGACCAUUUUAGAUGAUGAGAUUGAAAAGAUAGACAAGAGUCAAAAGAGAGAACUUGAAGAGCUAGGGAAUGUUGAGUCAAACGAGGCCUUAGACAACAGGUCAGAGGCAAUUGAAGACGAGAAGCCAGUUAGAGAAGAGUUGGCACUGGAUAUAAAUGGAAGAGUCAAAGAAUUAAAAGAAGCUAUGGACAAUGGGAUACUUUGUCCUGAGACACAGUCAACAAAGAAGGAAGUGAAACUGUUGUCCACUCGGAGAAAAGAUAAUGAAUGGAUAAAAACGAAGCAAGGAGAACCAAAUGCAGCUCCAGAAAGAAAACACCAGAAAGAGAAUCCAGUAAGAACAGACAGAGAAUAUUUAACUGACAACUUUAAUCUACUCAUGAGGGAUGCAUGGAUGAAGGAACUGAAGUCAGUCAUUAAAGAUGAAGUUCUUCCCAAAAAGAGAGAUGAUCAGGUAAAGAAAAAGAGGGCGGUGCUGUUGGAGGGUGGACAGUCAUUCAUUGCUCAUCACGAGAGGCAGAAAGAGAAGCGGCACGAGAUGAUGUCACAAAAAGUGGUGGACAGCCUUUUGCCUCCUGCGCAGGAUAACACAACGCACACACCACAUGACCAGGACGAUGAGAUCUCACUUUAUGUCAAGGCAGGCAGCGAUGGAGAAAGCAUUGGUAACUGCCCAUUCUCCCAGCGACUUUUUAUGAUCCUCUGGCUCAAAGGAGUGAUCUUCAAUGUCACCACAGUUGACCUCAAGCGGAAACCUGCUGAUUUACAGGACCUCGCUCCAGGGACCAACCCUCCAUUUAUGACCUUUAAUGGAGAGGUCAAGGUCGACGUCAACAAGAUAGAAGAGUUCCUCGAGGAGAAACUGACACCACCGCGCUACCCCAAACUGGCACCGAAAAAUCCAGAGGCCAACACAGCCGGUAUUGAUGUAUUUGCCAAGUUCUCUGCUUAUAUCAAGAACCCAAGGAAAGACACCAAUGACGCCUUAGAGAAAGCACUGCGGAAGUCUCUUCAGCAUCUCGAUGACUUCCUGCGGACUCCCCUACCUAUUGAGAUUGAUGUUGAUGCCUCAGGAGAUAUCCCAGAGUCCACCAGGAGCUUCCUGGAUGGGCCACAGCUUACCCUGGCCGACUGCAACCUGCUUCCUAAACUCCACAUCCUGAAGGUGGUAGCCAAGAAAUAUCGUGGAUUUGAGAUCCCUGCGGAGAUGACAGGCAUUUGGCGGUACUUGAACUGUGCCUAUCAGAGAGAGGAAUUCAACAGCACCUGCCCAGCCGAGAGGGAAAUUGAGUUUGCCUAUGUUAAUGUUGUUAAAAAAGUUAAAUAAUGUCAAGUUAUCAAGUAAUCUUGAUCAAGGGUGGCUAAAUUUGGCCUGGGUGCCACAUACUGCCCAAUUCAUUAUUUAAUCCAGCCCACAGAGUAUUUACAUUAUCAAGAGUUCUGUAAUAUUUGGUGCAGCAAUCUAGCUGUAGCCCCCCUCCCGGGAAUUAAAUGCAUUAAAUUUUUUUAAUUGAUUGUG